UGGUCUGUGCGUGUCCUUGCCUACUAUAAAAUGACGGCUACUCCAGGCUAUCCUUCUCCCGUCCAUGACCUUCCCCGUUUCUCGACGAUCUCUUUCCUCCUCUUCGUUCUCGCUAUCCUCGCUAUCCUCGCACUUCAGAACAUCAUCCAUGUCGACAGGUGCCACCGCAACAGUUAUACUCACCAAAGUCGAGAACGCGAGCUCGGACUUCGACACGAAGUCGAUUCGCCUUCGGGCGGGCCGGAGGGAAGCUCUGGGAAAGGAGGGCGGACCGGCAAUGACCAUGACCACUCAAGAGAAUGGGAUGUUCCCGCCGUGCGCGAAAGGUGGCUCCCGCGGCAUCGCGGAAAAUCACGCCUACAUCUACUGCGACGACUCGAGGAAUGUCUUUAUCGAAGACAAUGGCAAACACUACCCAACUCUGGUCUUCAGAGGCGUACCCAAGCGGUCCGAAGAAGACUUCGAACCAAUCGCGUACGACACCGUAGGCAUGAAGAGGGAGGAAACACUACUGUUACUCCGAAACGAAACAGCGCAGCUCUACUCUGGAGACAUUAUAGUGAGUCUUCGUUGUUCGUUCAAAAGCAACUGAGCGUGAACCGCCCUCAUCUUAGCAACUUGGCAGUAUGUGCUCGUGUCAUGGUGGUACCCUGUUAGUCUAGUUAAAGUAGGGCGCCGAGAAAACCAGAGCAUCGAGCUCUCACUUUUGACGCACAUCGUGCCCGCAUUGUAACAUUUUGUCGCCCGAAACGGUCUAGAGCGGACGGAAACGUCAACUCCAAUUAUUACAUGAGAGUGAGCACCCACAGAGAAGUCGGGAUGACAAAAGUCCGCAGUUGUUGGCCGCUCCGCGCGUCAACGCUUAUGUUGAUCCCUGACCGAAACGACGGCGCAGACAAUUGAAGAGGUCGCGCGUGCCGGGUGCCACUCAGCUUUUUCGGGCCUCUCGUCCAAGCGAUCGCCUCGAACGGUCUUGGCGAUUGUUCCAUGGACCAUGUCGUCCUCGGAUUGCGGGCUCCGCCUCAGCUCUUGGUCCACUCUCUUCACAACCACUCGGCGCCUACCUACACCCAUCCUUUAUUUUCUUCUUCGUCCUCUCUCCUCUCCUCGUACCUCUUGCCUCCGAGACGCCGUAAUCUAUGUCCGAUAACAUCGUGGCGUACGUGAGCCUCCGGCCUAUCGAAGGUUCGCAAGCCCGCUUCGAACCGAAACGGAUCCCCAUUGUCCCAGGCGAAACGGUCAUCCUGGGGAGGUCUGGCGGGCUGCUGGGUCCGACCCCUCUUCCCAGCCCGACGAACGGGUGCUUCCAAUCGUUCGAGAAAAGUAAGGCUGGGUCUCGACCUCUCGACCCUCGCCACGCUGCUCUCUAUGAUGUCCUCUGCAUCUAGGUCAUCGUUCGAAACUUGGGCACCCACUAUGGCAGCUUCGUGUUCCGCGGCGUACCGGAUCAUAAUGAAGCAAAAUUCAUCACAAUAAGGUAUGACGAGGUCCACAAGCAUAGGGAGGAGACGGUGAUGAGGCUGGAGGAAGGAGGGGACUGGGCGGUCCUCAGAGAUGGCGAUAUCCUCGUGCGUGC